AUGACCAAAGCCAAACGGCGCGUCGGCCGGCCGAAAUCCACGGCGGCGGCGCCCCAAGGAUCAGCGGAACAACUCAAGACUACAUCAGUGCCUACAUCAGUUCGUCCACCAGUCCCUACACCUGUUCCACCGGCAAAACCUCUGGGAGAUGCAACAAAGGGAAAGGAGACAAGUGCAUCAACAAAUGAAAUUCCCUCAGAGAAGAACGUGAAACCUUGGGUUGAAAUCAUCCAAGGGAACAGAAAUCUGAAUAGAGGAACGGCCGUAGAGUUUGUUACUCCACAACUCAUCAAUGGAGAGGAGAAGAUUAUUAUCGAGGAAAGCGAUGUUGCGGAUGAGUUGACCUAUUGGGAGAAUGCGGUGAUUCUCUUCGCUCUUGGGGAGACACUAUCUAUGCACGCGGUCAAGAACUUCAUGGAGAAGUCGUGGAAUUUUGUAACCUUACCAGAAUUGUACUUGAAUGAGGCUGGCUACUUCAUUGUGAGAUUCAAGAGCUAUGAAGAUCAUAACAAGGUUAUGGAGCAAGGUCCAUACUUCAUAUAUGGUAAACCUAUAUUUCUCAAAUAUUGGUCUAUUGACUUUGAACUGAAAGCUGACGAAUGCACAGCAAGGAAACUGCGUAUCUCCUAUGCUAAAGUGCUAGUAGAGGUUGAUAUCACAAGGCCCGUGAAGGAGACAGUUACAAUAAGAGACCACAGUGGGAACGAAUGGGAGCAAAAGAUAGAAUAUGAAUGGAGGCCUAAGUAUUGCCAGACAUGCUUGAAGAUCGGACAUGACUGUGCUACAAAAAAGACAAUAGGGCAGCCAAAACCUCAACAAAGAAUAUGGCAGAAGAAACCACCAGAUCCUGAGAACAAGGCUGUUGAAGGAAUUGGAGUUGAAGCACCAAAGAAAGAUAAUAGCCCCACAGAAGAAGACUGGACUCAGAUUGGCUCUAAUAGGAAUGAUAAGGCAAAGAAGAAAAUAAAUUUCACACCACCUGAGGAUUUAAUAGUUCAAAAUGUUUUCACACCCCUAGGGAUUGGAGUUAAUCUUGUAGGGGAAACAAGCAAUAGCAAAUGA